AUGAUCAAACUUUUACAUCAACAAGGAAGGAGUUGGGAAGAAUUUUGGCAUCCACCAGAAUUGCUCGAUGUUUAUGGAUUAGGCGAGGAAUUGCUCGUGCAGAAAUGGUUGCCAAAAUUGAGUUCAGAUCCAAUGCAAUCCACUGAAAAGUGCUCUCAAGACUUGCAAAUGCUCAACGAUUCGCUCACAAAAAUAUUUGAUGGCUCAUUGCUCAAUAAAACUGCCGUUUUGAAUGAUUUUGAUAAAACGGUUACACUACCUUUAAUCGACUCACAGGGAUCGCUAAAUGGAGGCCUUUUAACUGGGCAUACAUCUUAUUAUGGUCGUUGGGGUGAAUGCCGAAAAAUCAAUUAUAAACUCUCAAAUGGAAACGUUUGGAGAGGAGAAAUUUUUAGAUUCUUUAUCGGAUCCCUCAAUCAAACUACAAAUCGAUGUGCAAAAGCAAUUUUGGGAAUCGAUAUUUGUUUGCCAAAAUCGUGCACUGCUUUCGAGAUAAAGAGGCGAAUACAAGCCACAAAAAUCCCACUUCUCUCAAAUCCGAUCUGUGAUGUAGCAAACAAUGAUUCAGCAAGAACAAAUCAAGUCGACACUGGUACCUACAUUGUUGCAAUUUUUGUCUUCUUCGUUCUCGGCUUUGGCAUAAUCUCCGGUUUUGUUGAUUAUUUUCUCUACAAUGAUCUUAAAGAUUUUGUGACUAUUGAUGAAGAAAACAUUUAUUGGAAGAUCUUCUUUGCUUUUUCACUUUAUCGAAACACAAAGGGAAUUUUUAGCACAAAGGGAUUGAAUAAG